UGAGGGGAAGAUGGCGGCCGCAACUGUGGUUGUUCCUGUAGAGUGGAUAAAGAACUGGGAAAAAUCAGGGAGAGGCGAAUUCUUGCAUUUAUGCCAGCUCCUCAGUGAAAAUAAAAGCCAUGAUAGUUCGACUUACAGAGAUUUCCAGCAAGCUCUCUAUGAGUUGUCAUACCAUGUCAUUAAAGGAAAUCUAAAGCAUGAACAGGCAUCUAAUGUUCUUAAUGACAUUAGUGAAUUUCGCGAGGAUAUGCCUUCCAUUCUUGCUGAUGUAUUCUGCAUAUUAGAUAUUGAGACAAAUUGUUUAGAAGAAAAAAGCAAGAGAGACUAUUUUACACAGUUGGUAUUAGCAUGUUUGUAUUUAGUUUCAGACACAGUUCUAAAGGAACGCCUGGAUCCAGAAACAUUGGAAUCAUUAGGGCUUAUCAAACAAUCACAGCAAUUCAAUCAAAAGUCAGUUAAAAUCAAGACAAAACUCUUUUAUAAGCAGCAAAAAUUCAAUUUGUUAAGAGAAGAGAAUGAAGGUUAUGCCAAGCUGAUUGCUGAAUUGGGGCAAGAUUUAUCUGGAAACGUUACUAGUGAUUUAAUCUUAGAAAAUAUCAAAUCUUUAAUAGGAUGCUUUAAUCUGGAUCCCAAUAGAGUUUUGGAUGUCAUUUUAGAAGUGUUUGAAUGCAGGCCAGAACAUGAUGACUUUUUUAUAUCUUUAUUAGAAUCUUACAUGAGUAUGUGUGAACCGCAAACACUGUGUCAUAUUCUUGGGUUCAAAUUCAAGUUUUACCAGGAACCAAAUGGUGAGACUCCAUCAUCUUUAUACAGAGUUGCAGCAGUACUUCUACAAUUUAAUCUUAUUGAUUUAGAUGAUCUUUAUGUACAUCUUCUUCCAGCUGAUAGCUGUAUUAUGGAUGAACACAAACGAGAAAUUGUGGAAGCUAAGCAAAUUGUUAGAAAACUUACGAUGGUUGUGUUGUCUUCUGAAAAAAUUGAUGAGCGAGAGAAAGAAAAAGAAAAAGAAGAAGAGAAAGUAGAGAAGCCACCUGACAACCAAAAACUUGGUUUGUUGGAAGCCUUGUUAAAGAUCGGUGAUUGGCAGCAUGCACAGAACAUUAUGGAUCAGAUGCCGCCAUACUAUGCAGCUUCACACAAGCUAAUAGCCCUUGCGAUUUGCAAGCUUAUUCAUAUAACUAUUGAGCCUCUCUACCGAAGAGUUGGUGUUCCUAAAGGUGCUAAAGGUUCACCUGUUAAUGCUUUGCAAAACAAGAGAGCACCAAAACAAGCAGAGAGCUUUGAAGAUUUGAGGAGAGAUGUAUUCAAUAUGUUCUGUUACCUUGGUCCUCACCUUUCUCAUGAUCCCAUUUUAUUCGCAAAAGUGGUGCGGAUAGGCAAGUCAUUUAUGAAGGAGUUUCAGUCUGAUGGAAGCAAACAAGAGGAUAAAGAGAAAACGGAAGUUAUCCUUAGCUGUUUGCUUAGCAUUACUGACCAGGUACUACUUCCAUCUCUUUCUUUGAUGGACUGCAAUGCUUGUAUGUCUGAGGAACUAUGGGGAAUGUUUAAAACAUUUCCAUAUCAGCAUAGAUAUCGUCUGUAUGGCCAGUGGAAGAAUGAAACUUAUAACAGUCACCCACUUUUAGUAAAAGUUAAAGCUCAAACAAUAGACAGAGCCAAAUAUAUCAUGAAGCGUCUAACCAAGGAAAAUGUGAAGCCUUCUGGAAGACAGAUUGGGAAGUUGAGCCACAGCAACCCUACAAUUUUGUUUGAUUAUAUUCUGUCACAAAUACAGAAGUAUGAUAACUUAAUAACACCUGUAGUAGACUCCUUGAAAUACCUCACUUCAUUGAAUUAUGAUGUCUUGGCCUAUUGUAUCAUUGAAGCUUUAGCUAAUCCAGAAAAGGAGAAAAUGAAACAUGAUGACACAACCAUUUCAAGCUGGCUUCAGAGUCUGGCUAGUUUCUGUGGUGCAGUUUUUCGUAAAUAUCCAAUUGAUCUUGCUGGUCUUCUUCAAUAUGUGGCUAAUCAGCUAAAGGCGGGCAAAAGUUUUGACCUGCUUAUAUUGAAAGAAGUGGUACAAAAAAUGGCAGGAAUAGAAAUUACAGAGGAAAUGACAGUGGAGCAACUAGAGGCCAUGACUGGUGGAGAGCAGCUAAAAGCUGAGGGUGGUUAUUUUGGCCAGAUCAGAAACACUAAAAAAUCCUCUCAGAGAUUAAAGGAUGCACUGUUGGAUCAUGAUCUUGCUCUUCCUCUCUGUUUGCUUAUGGCUCAGCAGAGGAAUGGGGUAAUCUUUCAGGAAGGUGGAGAGAAACAUUUGAAACUUGUGGGAAAGCUCUAUGACCAGUGUCAUGAUACCCUGGUACAGUUUGGUGGAUUUCUAGCAUCUAAUCUAAGCACAGAAGAUUAUAUAAAGCGAGUGCCUUCAAUUGAUGUGCUUUGUAAUGAAUUUCAUACACCCCAUGAUGCAGCAUUUUUCCUGUCUAGGCCAAUGUAUGCACACCAUAUCUCGUCAAAGUAUGAUGAACUUAAAAAAUCGGAAAAGGGAAGUAAACAGCAGCAUAAAGUUCAUAAGUAUAUUACAUCAUGUGAGAUGGUGAUGGCUCCUGUCCAUGAAGCAGUGGUCUCCUUACACGUUUCCAAAGUCUGGGAUGACCUCAGCCCUCAAUUCUAUACCACAUUCUGGUCAUUGACAAUGUAUGACCUUGCAGUUCCACACACCAGCUAUGAACGAGAAGUCAAUAAACUUAAAGUCCAGAUGAAAGCAAUUGAUGACAAUCAGGAAAUGCCUCCAAAUAAAAAGAAAAAAGAGAAAGAGCGCUGUACUGCCCUUCAGGACAAGCUUCUUGAAGAGGAAAAGAAACAGAUGGAACAUGUACAAAGAGUUCUACAGAGACUGAAACUGGAAAAGGACAACUGGCUUUUAGCAAAAUCUACCAAAAAUGAGACCAUCACAAAAUUUCUACAGCUGUGUAUAUUUCCUCGAUGUAUUUUUUCAGCAAUUGAUGCUGUUUACUGUGCUCGUUUUGUUGAAUUGGUACAUCAACAGAAAACUCCAAAUUUUUCCACACUUCUUUGCUAUGAUCGAGUUUUCUCUGACAUAAUUUACACAGUUGCAAGCUGUACUGAAAAUGAAGCUAGUCGAUAUGGGAGAUUUCUUUGCUGCAUGUUGGAGACCGUUACCAGGUGGCAUAGUGAUAGAGCCACAUAUGAAAAGGAAUGUGGAAACUAUCCAGGAUUCCUUACUAUAUUACGGGCAACUGGAUUUGAUGGUGGAAAUAAAGCUGAUCAAUUAGACUAUGAAAAUUUUCGACAUGUUGUACAUAAAUGGCAUUAUAAACUAACCAAGGCAUCGGUACAUUGCCUUGAAACAGGCGAAUAUACUCACAUCAGGAAUAUCUUGAUUGUGCUAACAAAAAUACUUCCUUGGUACCCAAAAGUUUUGAAUCUGGGUCAGGCUUUGGAAAGAAGAGUGCAUAAAAUCUGCCAAGAGGAAAAAGAGAAGAGGCCAGAUCUAUAUGCAUUGGCUAUGGGCUACUCUGGGCAGUUGAAAAGUAGGAAGUCAUACAUGAUACCUGAAAAUGAAUUUCAUCACAAAGACCCCCCUCCGAGGAAUGCAGUUGCCUGUGUACAAAAUGGGCCUGGUAGUGGGCCUUCAUCAUCACCAUUAGGAAGUAUAUCUAAAUCAGAUGAAAGCAGUACUGAGGAGACUGAUAAAUCAAGGGAGAGAUCUCAGUGUAGUGUGAAAGCUGUUAAUAAAGCUUCUAGUGCCACACCGAAAGGGAAUUCAAGCAAUGGAAAUAAUGGCUCUAACAGCAGCAAAGCUGUUAAAGAAAAUGAUAAAGAAAAAGGGAAAGAGAAAGAAAAAGAGAAAAAAGAAAAGACUCCAGCUACUACUCCAGAGGCCAGGGUACUUGGUAAAGAUGCUAAAGAAAAACCAAAGGAAGAACGGCCAAAUAAAGAUGAAAAAGCAAGAGAAACCAAGGAAAGAACACCCAAGUCUGACAAAGAGAAAGAAAAAUUCAAGAAGGAAGAAAAAGCUAAAGAUGAGAAAUUCAAGACUGCUGUCCCCAAUGUAGAAUCAAAAUCGACUCAAGAAAGGGAAAGAGAGAAGGAACCAUCCAGAGAAAGAGAUAUAGCAAAGGAAAUGAAAUCAAAGGAAAAUGCUAAAGGAGGAGAAAAAACUCCAGUUUCUGGGUCCUUGAAAUCACCUGUUCCCCGAUCAGAUAUUGCAGAGCCUGAAAGGGAACAAAAACGCCGCAAAAUUGAUACCCACCCUUCUCCAUCACAUUCCUCCACUGUAAAGGUUACAGCCAUACUUCCCAAAGUUCCUCUGAAUUCUGAGAACUAUGCCAGCUCACCUAUCAUCUCCAUUCAUUUUCUACAGGACAGUCUCAUCGAACUCAAGGAGUCUUCAGCAAAGCUCUACAUUAAUCAUACUCCUCUACCACUGUCCAAGAGUAAGGAGAGAGAAAUGGACAAGAAAGAUUUGGACAAGUCAAGGGAAAGAUCCAGAGAAAGAGAGAAAAAAGAUGAAAAGGACAGGAAAGAGCGGAAAAGGGAUCACUCAAACAAUGACCGUGAAGUACCACCGGACUUAACCAAGAGGCGUAAAGAGGAAAAUGGAACAAUGGGGGUUUCAAAACACAAAAGUGAAAGUCCAUGUGAGUCUCCUUAUCCAAAUGAGAAAGACAAGGAAAAAAAUAAGUCAAAAUCUUCAGGCAAAGAAAAAGGCAGUGAUUCAUUUAAAUCUGAGAAGAUGGAUAAAAUCUCCUCUGGUGGCAAAAAGGAGUCCAGGCAUGAUAAAGAAAAGAUAGAAAAGAAAGAGAAACGGGACAGUUCAGGAGGAAAGGAAGAGAAGAAACAUCAUAAGUCCUCAGACAAGCACAGAUAAUGAAGACUUUUAAUCAAGGGUAUGGACAGACCCCUAAGCUGAAGGUCUCCCAGAGGAGGAUGCCAAAGCUCCAUGCGUCACUCUCAGAACGAUAUCUCCCAUACUUAAGAGCUUCUGGUGCUGUCCAUUUAAUGGGAGUCUGCUUUAAGUCAGAAGAUGAAUACACACCACCAUCCUCUUGACCAGACAUUCCAAAGUCACUGAUUUUCAGAACAUUAUUUUCACCUCCAGGCAGUUUCUUGCAGCAAGGUCCCUGUGUAUACAAUUUUUACUCGAGAUACGUCAUCCAGAAGCAACAGCUAAUGAAAAUUUCACUGAGUUUUAGUUCAUCCUUCUUUCUCAGAAAGGAUAGGAAAUUGUCUCCUGGAACCAGUUCCUUAGUGAUGUAGAUAGGCUGUCUUUGUGUGUGAACUCCUAUAAGUUUGACAAUAUUGGGAUGAUUAUAUUGCUUGAGGAUUUUGGCUUCUUGUAAAAAAAUUUUUAAUUUUAGCUCCUGGGAAAGAUCUUCUUUAUAUGUUUUAACAGCAACAGCAAUUUUAUCUUGUAAUGUGCCCUUAAAUACAUCAUCAAAUUUUUCCUUGCCUAGUAAUUCUCCUAAUGUGACAUCUUCAUGAUUGAGAACUCAUUUCUUAUUCUACUAGUUAUGGCCAUACUAUA